UUUCUCCAGGUUCAGAGAUCAGGCUCAGGCGUGUAUAAAUGAGGGAGUCUGUCUCCGUUACUCUGCUCUCCGCCUGGUUCUCCUUCAGCAGAGAUGAUGUCCAGCUACUUUCUUCUGGUGGCUCUUGCCUGCAGUCUGGUUGGGGCUCAGAACCCUGCAGAUGUUAUACUCCGCCAGCUGAUUUCCAGAGUGGAGCAGCUAGAGAGAGACAGCGAAAACACGGUGACUUCCCAGGUGGCAUUCUCAGUGGCUCUUCUUGAACAGACUACGUGGACCAUCACUGGGCCUGUUGCUGCUGAUCAAACCCUGGUUUACAAGAAGGUCUUAACCAACAUUGGAAAUGCAUACGACACAGAGACAGGUGUUUUCACGGCUCCAGUAAAGGGACUCUACUACUUACGGAUCACUGGGGUUGUCGGAAGUAGUAUGACGCUGAGAGCUGGACUGAAGAAAAAUGGGGAGGACAUCUUUGAGAUCAAAGCAAAAGAUCAAGGCAGCGGCUCAAAUGGGGCAGCUUUGGAACUGGAGAAGGGAGACAGAGUCUACGUCCGGCUGAUGCGGGGCAGUGCCAUCGCAGAUCAGAGUCGGCUCAGCACCUUCACUGGCUUCCUUGUUUUCCCCAUGGAGUCUGCCUGAAACGCCUCAACACAAUGGCUGGAGAAAGUGUUGCAACAUUCAGAAUCAUAAUCUUCACAUAAUGCUUUUAUCAUUAAAAAAGUAAUUAAUUGGAAUAUGAGAAACCAAUAACCAAAUAAAGACUGUAUAAAAAUA